UCAACUUUUUUAUCUAAAAAUUCCACCAUUUCAAACCUUAUCGUUAAUAUGUGCCCACCCCUCAAUAUGUCCAUCCUAACUAUUAUAUAAAAUAUGUAAAUGGGAAAGAAGCUCAUUUCAUCCUUCAUGAUAUAUGACAUCAUCAAAAUUUUAGAUAUUGACAAUAAUUCCAUAAUUCAUAUGUGCCUUAAACCUAUCAUUGUUUUCUUCUUUUCAAACGGUGAUACAAAUUCAACAAUAACAUCCUUUUGCUUCAAAUUAGAUAAAAAAUUUUUUUAUUGAAUCUUUAAAUGUCUAAAGUUAUGUCAUAAUUAUUAUUUAUGUACUAUUUUUCUCGGUAAGACCAUUUUUUGAAUGGGUGAAAAAAAGUAUUGAGGGUUCAUAAUGGGCCUUACACAGGCCCAAACUAACAGCCUAAUGCGCACCGUUUCGCUUCGGCUUCUCAAGCGAAUCGGGAUGUGUAUCUCUCCGCCAUCGCCGACGUGGAGGACGCGACGGAGACGAGUCGAGCAACUCAGAUCGCCGGCGACGAUCUGUUCGGAGAAAUCAACCGGCUAUCUCUACGAAGCGUAGCGAGUUCGUGAAGCAGGGUUUUCUCCGACCGAACCCACCUAAAACGGCGUUGUCCAAGAAGAACAAAGAGGAUGAUGAAGACGGUGCCGAUGAGCUGGAGGAAGAGGAAGUCUCCGAUUUGGUGGAGAUUGAGAGCUUGACCGGUUUAAGUUAUGUCUCAGAUCACGAAGAUAGAAAGCAUUAGAUCGACAGUAAAAGAGGGAAGAGAAAAAGGAAAAAGGCGUCGGGUCCGAGUUUGAUCGGAAAUUGAGUUCGAUUCCGAUUAUUUCGGUGAAGCGAAAGCGAGAAUUGUGGAACCCAAUUUCAAAAUGAGCUUAACAGAGCUUAUGGACGGGAUCAAAGUCGUACCCAUUUCAGUUUUUGGCGACAAAGACUUCGAGAUCACCGAAAUUCAGCACGACUCGCGAGUUGUCAGCGCCGGAGAUUUCUCCGACGAAAAUUUCUUUUUAAGUGAAGCCGACAGGAGAGGAGAAGUGGCAGUGGUCGCAAGCAAGGAAAUCAACAUUGAAGAUACUUACAUGGCACUUGUACUUGUGGAAGACACCAAUGUGGUUUUGUCCGCGUUGGCCGCUUAGUUUUACAGGUACCCGUCGGAAACCAUGGCAGUGAUUGGAGUCACGGGCACGAACAGGAAGAUGACCACCACGUAUUUGAUAAAAAGCUUCUAUGAAGCCACGUGUUUAUGAAUAUGAACAGGGAUGUUUGGCACGGUAUCUUAUUACAUUCAUGAUGAUAACAAGUAAGAGUCGCCAAACACGACUCCUGAUGCUGUUCUGGUUCAGAACUUCGAUUGCUAAAAAUGUUUGCAUAAUGGAACUGAAGCUCUGAUCAUGGGAGCUUCUCCUCAUGAACUUGCUUUAGGGAGAUGAGAUGAAGUGGAUUUCGAUAUAGCCUUUUCGCUAACUUGACUAGGGAUGAUUUGAAUUUCUGAGGGAGAAUAUAGACGAUCCAAAAUGCAGCUAUUUUUAUCCGACAAGGGAACUCUAAUGUUCCUGUUGUAACAUUUGCAAUGGAGAACAAGAAAGCCAAUGUUCACCCAUUAAAAUUCGAACAUUCCUUGUUGAGAUUCCGGUUUUGGUUAUACCCCUCAUGGUAUAUACUAUAGAUCUCCUCGGGUUUGCUACGACGAGAUAACAUUUAUAAUAUUCUUGCUGCUAUGUCUGUUGGAAUUUCUGUCGGAAAUCCAACUUGAGGAUAUUGUUAGAGGAACAAGUUUUCGUGCUAUCGUGGAUCACGCUCCCUCUCUUGAUGGCUUGUCAAGGCUGCUCGAUUCAGUUUGAGAGCUUAGACCCAGAAGAACUAUUACCGUUAUUGGCUGCAAGGGUGAGAGGGACAGAGGGAAGAGACCGGUUAUGACAAAGAUUGCUACUGAGCAAGAGCGACCUGACAAUGCUGACAUCUGAUAAUCCACGGAAUGAGGAUUGAUGUCGGUAACUUGGAAACAAGACUAAGCAGCGAACCUUAACUUUUUAUGAUACGGAGAAGCUCUAACACUCGUGGAAACUUUCCAAUGUGGAUUAGUGGAGGCUGAUCCAUGGUGAAAAACGAUUGCUAUCCACCCCUGCCAAAUGGUCAUUGCCUCUUCCUUCAUGACAUCAGGCAUGUGUAGCUGUGUGUCGUGCCAUUGCUGUGGGUGAGGAUGAGGAAGGUGACAUGGUUGUAAGUUCCAGACAAGUCAGAAUUGAUUCUUAUACAGUUAUAAUUUUUUGUAGGAGGAAAAAGCCAUGAAAGGUAUCAAAUUGAAGGUGAUAAAGAAAGAGUUUUAUGGCCGAGAAUGAUGCCGGGAGGCACUGCAGUGUGUAGAUAAACUUAACCAGGAUGGAAUAGACACGGGUUUCCUUUCUGGUUACUGGAGAGUCACUAAUGUCGCUGUUGUUAGACUAUUUGGAUUAGACACAAAAUGUUCAAGGAGAAGAGACGAGAUGUCCAUGGCAACAAACUUUGAGCCGUGGUAGAGAACUCCAAAGUUGAAGAAGAGAAAUAUAAAUCUUGUAAAAGGUAAAUGAUACGCAUAUGCGAGUCUGUGUAAGCAAGCCUGAUGAAUUCUGAGCUCUGCAAUGGAAAGCAUGGAGAAGUUUUUUUCUUUGAGGUAAUGGAAUUAAACUUUUUUCUUUAUGUCAUAAAUACCAUACGGAAUUAUUUAUUGUUAUCAUUUUGAAAAUUAAUUCUUUUCAUAUAUGAUAUUUAAAAACAUGAUUUUUAUAAUCCUUUUCCUAAUUUCACAAAUAAUAGGAAUUUCUACUCAAUGUUUUUUUAGUAAAAAAGGGAGUGCCAUUAGUUAAUUUGGCCAACCCCCAAAUUGAGUAUCACAAUAAAUUUGUGUGAAGAAAAAAAAGUAACAGCAAGUUUUCUAUUGUGACCCACAAAUGACUAAUAAAAGAGCCAUUGCUGCCAAAGAAAUUUAUGGUUAAAAGAUUUCAAUGCCAAAAAAGUAAUUAAAAUAUUUUUGUCACUUGUAAACUAGUAAUUAAAAGAUCUCAUUUUUACAUAUUUUUUCUUAGAAUAAAUUAUUUCGAUGAUUUUGAGUAGUUUUCAUACUUAUCCAAGAUACAAUGAACCAGUGGUUUAAUUCUGGCCUUUUAUGACAUUUGUAAGGUUUGCAAUAUGCUUUCUCGUGAUUAAUGGUGUAAUAAAGGUUUUAGGCUCUCUGUUGUUGCAUGACUUAGUAUUCCUUUGCCUUAUCUUCUAGCUUAAUUGGUAUUGCUUUGCCUUAUCUGAUACAUCUAACCUAGACUGAUAUCUAUACACGCGCUUAUACACACAUAUAUAUACACAUAUUAGCAUUAAAUAUAUAUGUGUAUUUAUGUUCCAUAGCAUUUAGAUUCAAAUUAUUAAAUACUAUAUUUAGAAAAUUAUGAAAUAUUUUAGACCAAUACAGUGACUCUCUCCCCUCUGUAUAUGGAAAUUGAUAUGCUCAUACAAAAGUAUGCAAUUUUUCCCUUUUAUGGUCCCUGAAACCGAAACACCUAUACAAAGAUAAACACACGCACACACAUAUAUGUAUAUACAUAAGUAUAUAUAUACACUUGCAUAGAGAAAGGAAGAAGCAGAAUAAGCGAGAGACGCCGAAGUGGGUGCUCAAUUUGGCCUGAAAACCGGCGAGCUGUUUGAAGUAUUGUGUGAAAUCUGAGACUUAGAAUGGAGGAUCAGUCGAGGUUUAAUGAGAAAUGGGAUUUCAGAAGGAAAGAGGACAGCUUUGAUGAUUCUUCAAGCGACAAUUCGGAUUCCAACUCGAGCCAGGAGCCUGUCCCGAAGAAGCAUAAGCUUGUCUCUCAAUCUCAGGCUGAGGCAACACCGAAAUCAACAACAAGUGGAGUUAGUAGAAAGCAGCCGGCGAGAUCCCAGGAGGGUAGGAGCAAGAACGAACAGAACAGUCCCGGGAAAGGUAAGGAGACAAACGAUGCAAGAAAGAAACCGGUUCAUGGAAAAGGCGAGGGGAAGCAGAAGGAAGCAACUGGUGUACCUAAGGCUGGAAACUUGGUAAUUGAUGGUGUUGCAUCUUUUAUGGACACCUUACUUGAUGAUCUCAAAGCUUCUAGGGAGGGUUUGCUUGGUUGGAUGAAAGGUGAAAUGUCUCAAUCGGACGAGAAAGGGAAGAGAGAGGAAAAUCAACCGAGGAAAAGAACUGCCAAGAGAUCAGUCAGGAAGAAGAAGAUGAUGAUGAAUUUGGUUCCCGAAGGGGAAAGGGAUAAAAACCUGCAUGUCGAAGAAGAAAACAAGAGAGAAGAAGAGCAGAGCAAGCCGGAGGAGAAAGCUACAGAGGAGAAAAAUGUUGAGGUGGAGACAGAUAACCUUCCUGGCAAAGCACAAGAACAAGGUAAUGUUGGAUUUGAUUGUAAUAUCGGACCUCUGGAAAGGUUUUUCAGGAGCAACGAAGUCGGGUAUGGCAGAAACUACUUUCAACAAGAAAAGAACAAUCAAAGUCUAGAACUCGGCGAUGAACAGAUGAAAUUCACCAAGGGUCGGGCUUCGGUUGAGAAGGCCAUACCAAAGAAUCUGUCUUCGGCAUCUACCCAGAGCCAAAUGAGCGUUGUUUUGGCUAUCCCUGCUCCGACUUCGGAACUCGGAUCGUCGAAGAAGUACCUUAGAACGAAAAAGACGGUCCAGGCCAACACUACUGUCAACAUUCCGCCUGUGGAACAACAACCUUAUCGUGUUUUGGUCCCAGGAACCGAAAUGCAGAAAGAUCUGAACAUGGAGAUCCCCAUUGAACCAAAACAUUCAUCAACCCCUCUCCUGCCUGCACCUGCACCUGCACCUGCACUUGCAGUUCCUUCACUGAGUCCAUUCUUCCCUUCAAACCAAGGGUUUGCCUCUCUCACAAACAGCAACUUUCAACUCCGACCAGUAUCUCAGAUGCAAGAUCCGUCGGAGAUCUGGACAGGAUCUGGGUUUGCUCAUCAUGGUCUGAGGAAUCUGAAUGGUUUGUAUCAGAACAACAACAACUAUGUACCGAGUUUCCCACCGGUUCCAUUCCAUCUCGGUUUCAACUUUCAGACGCAACUGGGUCCUGAGGCUUCUUCGCUGAGAGACAACACCUUUUUCGGAGGCCUGAGGAUGUCGGGAGGAGCCAUAAGAUUCUCCGACAGUGGUUUUCCGGGGCAGUUUUCCGGCGGCGGCAGCGGGAACAACCUCUCCGAUUACAGACCAAGCUCCAGUAGGCAAUCGCCGUUUCAGCCACAGAACCACAACGCCGGCGGCAACGGUUCUAUGUUCCAGAACUAGAACAAAGAUGGAAACUUUACUGUUGUUUCUCUCCAAAAAAAAAAUGCUUCUUCGUCCUGUUUUUGUUUUCCUUUCGCAAUUUGCAGAACUUUUGAUCCGAGGUUGGGCCGUUUACAGGUAGAAACAUGGAAAAGAAAACUCAGAUCAUCUUUUU